AUGAAAGAAGUACUCGCAGAGAUUUACACACUGAAAUCAUUAGAAAAAAUGCUUAACGGUCACGCUUACGCAAGAGCUGUCCGAGCUCAUAUACUACUUCAGCUUGCUUUGGCAAUUAUAAUAUUAAAAGAAGUUGAUAUUAAUGACAUUAUGGAUGCAGAUCUCAUUGUUAAUAUUGAAAACAUAUUAGAUAAGACUCUUUCAUAUAAUGACAUUAAAGUAUCAGGAGCAUUACUUGAUAAAUUUAAUCAAAAACUUAAAGAAUACGAAGAACGAGGACCUACUGCGACGCUUUGGAUAACAUAUUUCAUUAUGGUUUCAAUUACAAAAGAGUUUCUAAGAGCUGAGCGUAUGGGGGAUUGGAAAGCUCAUUUAAAAUGCGUUCAAGAAAUGCUUUCUUAUUUUCACGCGUCAGGACAUUUUCCGUAUGCUAAGUCUGCACACCUUUAUUUACAAGACAUGCAACAAUUACACAACUUGAUCAAUCCCGAAGUUUACGAAAAAUUUUUCACUGUUAGACGUUCAGACAAAUUAAGCUGUGGAACUUCAACAGAUAUGGUAAUAGAACAGUCAAUGAUGAAAGCUAUGAAGACGGAUGGAGGUAUUGCUCGAGGGAGAAGUACAAAAGAGAGUGUCAUAAGUAAAUGGGUUUAUAGUAUGCAUGCAAUGAAUACAGUUUGUGAAAGAUUAGAAGACCUCGCUAUUGUUAGAAUGGAUAUGACCGAACAGCAUGUUGAUGCAAGUGAUUCACGAGUAAAAAAAGAUACAAAAGAGAUACGGAAACUUCUUAAGUGGUUCUCCACGCAUGAACCUUUUCCAGAGGUUGACAAAAUUAUAUCUAUUGCAAGUGGUGUUGUUGGUGAUAGUAAAAUUAACUGUUAUAAAGCUCGUGAAGUUGAGCUUAACUCUGUGACAAAACUAACAGGACUAACAUUUAAUAAUAUUAAAUUAAAACGCGCUGACAAAGCAGUUUCUCUUUUAGCUAUGAGUAGCACCAUUAAAGUUCACGAUGAAAAAGUACCAAUUGACCCUGUAUUAUUGUUCCAACGAAUGAGUAUUACUGCGGCAUUUCAAGAUGAAAUUGAAAAAUAUUUUGAAUAUCAAUUGGCUCCCUACCCUUUAUCAUUGUUUGAUGAAAUUGGAAUACGCAAAACACAGAAGUCUGCUAUUUACGAUUGUUUCCAAAAGGUAAAUAUUGAUAUUAACAACACAAAUGCGACAUACAUCAUUGACGGAGGAUAUUUAUUACACCGCGUUGUGUGGGAUAGCGAAGAAACAUUCAACGUUAUCUUAGAUAAAUACGUUCAGUAUGUACGUCGACAUUUUGGCUCCAGCAUUACUGUCGUAUUUCAUGGCUAUAAUGACUUUACGAGAAAUAUCAAAGCCGCAGAACAACGUCGCAGAACUUCAUCUUCUGAUAUGUUAUUUGAUCAAUCAAUGACAAUUCCUACCAGCCAACAGAAAUUUCUUGCUAAUACAAUAAAUCUCGGUUCAUUUCAAUGUUAA